CCCGCAGCGCCGCCGGCCCGCCCGCCCGGGAACAUGUCGCCGCCGCUCUUCAGCCUGCCCGAGGCGCGGCUCCGCUUCACGACGUCCACCAGAGAGGCUCUGAUAAACAAAAGCAUCAAGCCAUUGUUGAAUGCAUUUAACCAGGUUCCUGGAAGUGAAAAUGAAAAGAAGUGUACCUUGGAUCAAGCUUUUAGAGUUGUUGUAGAAGAAGAAAUAAUAAAUAAAGCUCCAUGUGAGAAUCUCCUGGCAAUUAUUUCUCUUGCUAUUAAUGGAGUCACAGAAGGUAUCUGCACUGCAUCAACUCCUUUUGUGCUUUUGGGAGAUGUCCUGGAUUGCCUCCCUUUGGAUCAGUGUGACAAAAUUUUCACCUUUGUGGAGAAAAAUGUUGCUACGUGGAAAUCGAACACAUUUUACUCUGCAGGAAAAAAUUACUUGCUACGCAUGUGCAAUGACCUCCUAAGAAGAUUAUCUAAGUCACAAAACACAGUCUUUUGUGGAAGAAUUCAGCUAUUCCUGGCUAGGUUAUUUCCACUUUCAGAAAAGUCAGGGCUUAACCUACAGAGUCAGUUUAACCUGGAAAACGUCACUGUUUUCAAUACCAAUGAACAUGAGAGCACUCUGGGACAGAAGCACACCGAGGAGAGGGAAGAAGGAAUGGACGUGGAAGAAGGUGAAAUGGGAGAUGAUGAAGCACCGACAAGCUGUUCCAUUCCAAUAGAUUAUAACCUAUAUAGAAAGUUCUGGUCACUUCAAGAUUAUUUUAGAAAUCCUGUGCAGUGCUAUGAGAAGGUGUCAUGGAAAACGUUUCUUAAGUACUCAGAAGAAGUUUUGGCUGUUUUCAAAAGUUACAAAUUGGAUGACACUCAGGCUUCCCGAAAAAAGUUGGAAGAACUAAAAACAGGAGGAGAACAUGUAUAUUUUGCAAAGUUCCUAACUAGUGAAAAGCUGAUGGAUUUACAACUGAGUGACAGUAACUUCCGUCGUCACAUCUUGUUGCAGUACCUAAUACUAUUUCAGUAUCUAAAGGGACAAGUCAAAUUUAAAAGUUCAAACUACGUUCUUACAGAUGAACAGUCUCUUUGGAUUGAAGAUACUACAAAAGCAGUCUACCAGCUUCUUUCAGAAAAUCCUCCAGAUGGAGAAAGAUUCUCUAAAAUGGUAGAGCAUAUAUUAAAUACUGAAGAAAACUGGAACUCAUGGAAAAAUGAGGGCUGCCCAAGCUUUGUAAAAGAAAGACCUCCUGAUUCUAAGCCAAUGAGGCCUGUGAGGAAGAGGCCAGCUCCAGAGGACUUCUUAGGAAAAGGAUCAAACAAAAAAAUCCUUAUGGGGAAUGAGGAACUGACCCGCCUUUGGAAUUUAUGUCCUGAUAACAUGGAAGCCUGUAAAUCUGAGAGUAGGGAAUAUAUGCCAACACUAGAGGAAUUUUUUGAAGAAGCUAUUGAACAAGCAGACCCUGAAAACAUGGUUGAAAAUAAGUAUAAGGCUGUGAACAAUUCUAACUAUGGCUGGAGAGCACUGAGACUUCUGGCACGCAGAAGUCCCCACUUCUUCCAGCCAACAAACCAACAAUUCAAGAGUUUACCUGAAUAUCUAGAAAACAUGGUAAUCAAAUUAGCCAAGGAGCUUCCUCCUCCUUCUGAAGAAAUAAAAACAGGUGAAGAUGAAGAUGAGGAAGAUAAUGAUGCUUUAUUAAAGGAAAACAAUGAAAGUCCAGAGGUACAACGGGACAAAGCCAUGACGGGCGAGCAGAUUGAGUCCUUUGCGAACAGGCUGGGGGAGCAGUGGAAGGUCUUGGCCCCCUACUUGGAGAUGAAGGAAUCUGACAUCAGGCAGAUUGAGCUGGACAGCGAGGAUGUGAAGAUGAGAGCCAAGCAGCUGCUGGUGGCCUGGCAGGAUCAGGAGGGUGCUCACGCCACCCCCGAGAACCUGAUCACGGCGCUGACCAAAGCCGGCCUCGGGGACCUGGCUGAAAGCUUCACCAACGACACUGAAGGCAGCAGCUAACUCACCUCAGAUGCCAACUGACUCACUUGGGGAUGGGGCUGUUGGUAAUUGUGACUUCUUCUGGUGCUUGCCAUUGAUAAUUGUUACUUUUGUCGCUAGGUAACGGAUUUUUUGAUAGGUAUUUUAUGUUCAGGAAAUUAUAUAAAGCUUUUUAAUAAUACUGUUGAAUUGUCCAGAUUGUCUGAGAAAAGGAUUAGUUGCUCUGGCCUGGAACUAGGAAGCUUCGUCUUUGGUUGAAGAACUUAAAGGGGGAGGAUGGAGAGUCCUGGCAGGUUUUGGGACAGGCUGUAGGUUUGGCACCAGCAGACCUUGGGUUGCUCCCACUGGACAGAGAAUUGGCAAGCUCAUUCCUCACGGUGGGAAGGACUGUGUGUAAAGGACUUUGGAGUCGGUCACCCUUUGGGGUGAUGGGAGGUGGGGACUGUCAAAAUCUACCUGGCAGAGAUAAAAUAAGAUGGUGCUCCAAGCCACAACACUGACUUCCACUGAAGCACUGGUUCAGUCAAUGAUCAUGGAAUUUCCAUGCUGGUUUUUAUUAGUGAUGAUUGUUAGCUUCUCAUUCUUUGGCUAUGUAGGAAUGUCUCUGAGUCUUGGUAAACAAAGAACUUUGUCACAGA